AGACAGCAGCAGCCCUGGGUCCCGCGGCGCCACUCGCCCCGCUGCCUCCCGCACUGCCUGACCCGGCCGGCGAGCCCGCCCGCCGCCAGCCCCGCCAGCGCCCUCAGUCGUCCUCUGACUCGCCCUCGGCCUUGCGCGCCAGCCGCAGCCCGAGCCGCAACGCCACCCGCAGUCUGAGCCCCGGCCGCCGGCGCAGCCCCAGCUCGCUCCGUCGCCGCUGCUGCUCGUCCCAGCACCGGCCCCGCACCGACACCCUGGAGGUGGGGAUGCUCCUGUCCAAGAUCAACUCCCUGGCCCACCUGCGCGCCGCGCCCUGCAACGACCUGCACGCUACCAAGCUGGCGCCGGGCAAAGAGAAGGAGCCCCUGGAGUCGCAGUACCAGGUGGGCCCGCUGUUGGGCAGCGGUGGCUUCGGCUCGGUCUACUCGGGCAUCCGCGUCGCCGACAACUUGCCGGUGGCCAUCAAACACGUGGAGAAGGACCGGAUUUCCGACUGGGGAGAACUGCCCAAUGGCACCCGAGUGCCCAUGGAAGUGGUCCUGCUGAAGAAGGUGAGCUCGGGCUUCUCGGGCGUCAUUCGACUUCUGGACUGGUUCGAGAGGCCCGACAGUUUCGUGCUGAUCCUGGAGAGGCCCGAGCCGGUGCAAGACCUCUUCGACUUUAUCACCGAGCGGGGAGCCCUCCAGGAGGAGCUGGCUCGGAGCUUCUUCUGGCAGGUGUUGGAGGCCGUGCGGCAUUGCCACGACUGCGGGGUUCUCCACCGCGACAUCAAGGACGAGAACAUCCUGAUCGACCUGAACCGCGGCGAGCUCAAACUCAUCGACUUCGGAUCGGGGGCGCUGCUCAAGGACACAGUCUACACAGACUUCGAUGGAACCCGAGUGUACAGUCCUCCAGAGUGGAUUCGCUACCAUCGUUACCACGGCCGGUCGGCAGCGGUCUGGUCCCUGGGGAUCCUGCUUUAUGAUAUGGUCUGCGGAGAUAUUCCAUUUGAGCAUGACGAAGAGAUCGUCAAGGGUCAAGUGUUCUUCAGGCAAAGGGUCUCUUCAGAAUGUCAGCAUCUCAUUAGAUGGUGUCUGGCCCUGAGACCAUCAGAUCGGCCAUCCUUCGAAGAAAUCCAGAACCAUCCGUGGAUGCAGGAUGUUCUCCUACCCCAGGCAACUGCUGAGAUUCAUCUGCGCAGCCUAUCACCGGCACCCAGCAAAUAGCAGCCUUUCCAUCAGACUCCGGGGAGGGAGAGCUGUCUCCAGGUUCCAGCAGGACCCUGCUUCGUACAGGAACAGCAGUGACAACUCAUUCCAGACUCCAGGUUCCUGGAGCAGCCUCCCACAGGGGAGAGAGACUCUACUUCACGUUUUCCAGGCCCCUCUGACCCCCGCAUAGACGCUCUCACAGUGUCUGGUUCUACUGGGCUCUGCAGAAUCCUAGGGUGGGGGGGUGGGAGUGGG